AUGUCCGCUUUCACAUUUGGCUUUGGAGGGGACGAUAUCGACAAUCAGGAUGUGGAAGACGAGAUGCAUGAUGCCGGCAUGGAUGCUGGUAUGCGCCAGUUGAACAUUGCAAGCAAGGAGAGUCAUGAUGGAGAAGGGGGAGUCUUGAUUGAGGCGAGCCAAUGCGAUCUUGAUGAGAUGUUGCUAUUUUGCGUUCCUGGUCAUCUUUCCACACUUCCAUCACAAAUAUCAUACAACAUGCUCUCAAUAAAUCCCCAAUCAUCAGCUCCAGGGCCUCCAAGCCUCACUAUCCCACGGCGCGAAGUGUUUGACAUUCGCGCCCAGCUGAUGGCGGAAGAUGAUGCAGAUACCAACGAGAAUGCGGAGUUGAUAUCCGGGCUGGAAAAAGGUGAUCUAAAGCCAACAGUUUACGAAGGCGGCCUCAAGACGUGGGAGUGUGCUAUUGACCUCGCCAAGUUGGUGGCUGCUGAGGAAAUACCUUCCCUCCUAUCGGAUCUGGCGGAGGGAGAGAGUGGAGAUGUUCAUGUCGUAGAGCUCGGAGCAGGAACUGCCAUUCCAUCCCUUUCCAUUUUACAUCAUCUCCUUUCACAACCUGCUCCGCAGGACCUGCCUCGCAGGUCCAUCCGUUUCGUGUUUGCAGAUUAUAACGCUGCAGUUCUUCGACUAGUGACCGUGCCGAAUAUACUCCUGACAUGGCACAUGUGCCGCCAUUGUCUGAACAACCCCCAAGACUCAGAGCGGAGUAUAUCUUCUAAUACCGAAAACGGAAGCGAUGCCGAAAAUCGUCCUAAUGGUAAUCUCCUCGAUAGCGCGGACGCUGACGAACAACCCGACCUAGAUAUCGACCAUGCUCUCCUUUCUAAUUUCCGUAAGGACUUACAUGCCCGCGGAAUAUCUCUCUCCUUCAUCUCGGGUGCCUGGUCACCUGCCUUCGUCGACCUUGCUUUACCAAACUGCCCGCCAGCUUCACCAUCAUCACAACGAAGGCGGACACAUCUUCUCAUCCUCGCCAGCGAAACAAUCUACUCUCCCUCUUCCCUCCGUUCUUUUUCAGAAACUUUACUUGCACUCCUGCGGUGCGGUAGGGGUUUGGGCUUUACAUCUACAUCUACAUCUACAUCUUCUCCUCAAGUAGAACCAGCUGCUGAGCCUGUUGUUACUGAUAAAAAUACUCCGCCGGGAUAUAAAGCAAAAGCGCUAAUUGCUGCCAAGGAGGUAUAUUUUGGCGUUGGGGGCGGGGUUGACGAGUUUUUGCGUGUGAUGAGGGAUCAUGGGCGUGAGGAGGGCCAGAUUGGAGGUGAUGGCUUCUCUGUAAAGGUGAGGACCGAGGUUAGGAAUGAGGGGGUUGGGAGAGUGGUGCUUGAGGUUACGAUUUGAGGGAAGAACUCUCGCAUUGGUAUCGAUAUCGACUUUGGAAGGGCUGUGUUCCCGGCAGAUGAUUUCUUGAUGGAUGGAUGGCGUAACGAGCCAGGGAUUAUUCAUUCAGGGAUGAUUUUCUUGUAGAUUUUCUUUUCUCAUUUCAGGAACCUGGGGCAUAAGUGCCUAAAAUAGACAAGGAAAAUAAAAAGGGUACAUGUAACUAAUUGGAACUUUGCGUUGUAUGUCUCACUGGCUGCAGGAAUUAUUCUCUCUUCCUGGUUUU